CCCUCCCCCUAUUAAUUCCCCCCAAAUCCAAUUUCCUUCCCGUUCCGUCCCCAAAUUCUACGCUCCUCCCAUCCCGCACAGCCGGCCUCACCGCCGGCGACGGGACGCGACGACCCGCGGGCCGGCCGUCCUCCCUCCCUUCUUCGCCCCCCUCAAAACCCUCUGCUGGGGCUCGGCUGGUCGCGGGGUCGAGGACGCGAGAUCCGCCCGGGCUUGGACUGACUCCCUCCUUCCUCAGGAUAAGAUUGUGAAGCACCGGUGCUGCAUCAUCAUUAUCUUCGCAGGGUCACUUUGAUAAUCCAACAAAGGGCACCUAGCUACUAUCCCUGAUUGUCCCCUGACAAUGAAGACGCAUGAGCGAGCUGCCAAUUUGGCCCUUGCUGCUUUGAGCUUGGCACCGCUUGUGGUUAAAGUAAAUCCAAAUUUGAAUGUGAUAUUGACGGCAUGCCUUACUGUCUAUGUGGGUUGUUACCGUUCUGUCAAGCCAACCCCACCCUCUGAGACUAUGUCCAAGGAGCAUGCUAUGCGUUUCCCCUUAGUGGGAAGUGCUAUGCUCUUGUCACUGUUCCUUCUAUUCAAGUUUCUUUCAAAAGACUUGGUCAAUGCUGUGCUCACUGCUUACUUCUUCAUUCUUGGAAUUGUUGCUCUCUCUGCAACAUUGCUUCCUUCUAUAAAACGUUUUCUUCCAAAAGAAUGGAAUGAUAAUCUCAUUGUAUGGCGGGCUCCACUUAUCCACUCACUCUCGGUGGAGUUCACAAAGUCACAGAUUGUUGCUUCUGUCCCGGGAUUUUUCUUUUGCAUGUGGUAUGCAUCUAAGAAGCAUUGGCUGGCAAAUAAUGUUCUGGGAAUCGCUUUCUGUAUUCAGGGGAUUGAGAUGUUGUCAUUGGGGUCGUUUAAAACUGGAGCCAUUCUCUUGGCUGGACUUUUUGUGUAUGACAUAUUCUGGGUGUUCUUCACUCCAGUUAUGGUCAGUGUGGCUAAAUCUUUUGAUGCUCCAAUAAAGCUUCUGUUUCCAACUGCAGAUGCUGCACGGCCAUUCUCUAUGCUUGGCCUUGGUGACAUUGUGAUACCUGGCAUCUUUGUUGCACUUGCCCUGCGUUUUGACGUCUCAAGAGGUAUCAAGAACCGUUACUUCAACAGUGCAUUUUUGGGAUACACUGUGGGUUUAACGGUGACCAUCAUUGUAAUGAACUGGUUUCAAGCUGCACAGCCUGCUCUACUAUACAUUGUUCCUGGUGUGAUCGGUUUCGUUGCUGUUCACUGUUUGUGGAAUGGAGAAGUAAAACAGCUACUGGAGUUUGACGAGUCAAAAGCUGAAGCGGAGGAAGCAGGUGAAGAAGAGCAAGAUGAUAAAUCCAAAGAGGACAAGAAGGGGGACUAGCGUUCUAGCUAGAUUUAGGUCAUGAUGAGGAGAAAAAGGAAGGCACAAGUUUUCGUGUAAGGUUGUCAGCAGCUAAAUGGGCAUGACGACCUCUGAUACCGGCUCACUUAAGAACCUAGAAAUGAUUCACAUGGUACAAACUUUUUUUUUCUUCGCGGAUUAUUUGGUUCGGAGAGUUGAAUUGAAGAGGGAAAAAGAUGAUGUGUCCUGACCUACUUCUGUUUUCCUUACUGACUUCAUCUUGGUUAAGGAUUCAGCGGAACUCUGUUUUGGCCAUUGCAUCCCAUGAUAUACUGAUGCUGCUAUUCUGUUUGGAAUGAAUGAAUUUCACAGGCCUCCA